GGUAUUGUAAUUAAAUGAUAUGUAUCAAACCUUAAAAAAACUAAGGCUUUGGGUCAGGUUUAGGGGAAACACAUAUCGACGGGGAAACAGUCUUCGACACAACACCGGUUACAGGUUUAUUACACUCUGAAACCACAACAGUCUUCAUUCAACGAGACACUCAAAACACUUGCUUUAAUGUUUUCUGGUAUUUUUUUAUUUUUUUAUUUAUUUAUUUAUUUUAUUUUUUUGCUGCAACAGUAUUUUCUAAUGUAAAUGUCAGUUUUAUAAUUGUUUUACCACAAGUUGCACUCUAUUGCAAUAAAUGUUUUUUAUCUUUAUAUUUGUUUGUUUUGUUCUUUUACUUUUAGGGUGUCUUUUCUAACAUCUGGCCGAGGACUAUAGAUUUAAAACUAUCAUAUUUACAGCAAUGUUUGUUAAAAUGCACCACCACUGUAAAAUAAACUAAUAAAAUAUAAAAUAAGAUAAAAGUAAAACUAAAUAGUGUUGUCAUUCUGGGUUAGAAUAUCAAUAAUUCUGUAAUACCUUGAAACUGUCAAAGCAUAUUUCCUGAGACGUUUAUCGUACCAUGAAAAUCUCAUACUGUUGCAACGCUAAUCAUAACAUAUCAGGUGUGGAAUUAAUCUGGAGAUGCUCCAGUUCAGAAAAAAGACCAAACUUUUUUAUGCAUGUUAGUUUUUAAGACAUGACGGCCUAAAUGUGACUCACAACAGAGGGAGGAUUUGCUGUUUUUAGCUGAGCUGAUGAGGUCUGUUGGUGUAUUUCCUCAUCUGGCCUAGUCUUACGUUAUUAAAGCUAAUCAGGCUGUACUCGUCUAUCCAGUUCGCUGCUGUUCGCUGGACUUAAGCUUCACUCCCCUGAGUUAGUGAAUGUUUAGUUAAAGCGCUGUUUUCUUAUGGCCUGGUCAAUUUUCCAGGAUUUAUUCAACUCUUUGAAAAGAAAUGCUGCUCUCUCUUCUGGUGGCAGACCGACCGGCUCCUGACAUUGUUUCUGAGCUGAGUAUCCAUUUUGAUCAGCAUGGCCUUCAACGCUCCACACAAUUUCUCCUGGGUUGAGCCGAACAAACUGGCCGGACUGGCACUACCCAGGAUGACAGCGGAGUACCAGUACCUGCUGGACAACGGUAUCAAACACCUGGUUUGCCUGUGUGAGAGAAAACCACCGAACCACGACACGUGCCCAAAGUUAAAGCUGCACCACAUCAAGAUACCAGACUUCACUGCUCCUUCACCAAGUCAGAUUGAAAGAUUCCUCUCCAUUGUAGAAGAGGCCAACUCCAAGGGGGAGGGUGUGGCGGUUCACUGCAUGCACGGUCAUGGCAGAACAGGCACCGUGCUGGCCUGCUACCUGGUGAAGACGAGGAAGAUUUCGGGGAUCGAUGCCAUUAAAGAGAUUCGAAGACUGCGACACGGCUCCAUUGAAACUCACGAGCAAGAGAAAGCUGUGGUGCAGUUUUAUCAGCGUACAAAGUAACUUUAACACAGGUAACAGUUUUGCUUCUGUUAGAAGGCAGAAGUAGCUCUGUGUUUUACAGUUAUUAAGCUUAAAAUAAGUGCCAUAGUUUUAUUGCCAAAUAUCAUCUAGGAAUUAGAAAUUACAAGCAUUACUGUGUAAACACACUACAGCUAGAGUAAAUAGGUCCUCUUUUUCCAUGGUACUGUACACUGUCAUUUUACCAGCACAUCAUUACUGUUGUUUAUGUUAACGCCGAGGUUUCUGUUUACAAG